AUAAUCGAUGCAUUUUGAGUUAGUUUCAUCCAAUUUAUGUUCGAUGGUAUCUUUUGGGUUACAAAUAUUCCAUAAUUUCAACGUUCCGUUUUGACGAUCCGAUUGGGUUGCGAUUAAACAUUCUCUCCAAGGAUGCCAAGCGAGACACUAAUUAAAAUAAUUAAACAAUAAGAAUUCUUUUAAUUUAGUAAAGAUGUUUAACCUUUAUGGGUAAAGGCAACUUUGCACGUAAUAAUACAUUAAAAUAAUCCAUGGAGAACACGGUAAAAUACUUAUCCAUCGAGGAUGUAGCCAAAUAAUUCUCUUUGCAGGAUAGUUUUAUGGAAAGGAUUCGUUUUUUUUCUUUAACGUUGGGAAUGUAAACUUGCGUUACUUUUAAUGAUAAAUUUGUGAUGUGGUAUUCGAAAAUUUUUCCAUCAGAACAUCCGGCGUAUAAAACAUUCUUUUUGGACCAUUCAAAGCUGGUUAUUACAUUUGUGGGGCUAUCGCUAACAAAUUCCCGGUUAAAUUGAAUUUGACUCUCCGAGUUAGCCUACAAUCAAUAUCAACGGAACAACUUUCCACUGAAUAACAUUCCGUGGUUUGCGGAAUCCAAUAAACUAAGAAUUGAAUUGAAUGGAGGAAAUUGAGCGAGAUCUCAGCGGGGUUAUCAACGAUGAAGAUGAAUAUGAUGGGAACAGCGAUUAUGAUAGUGAAGAUGAAUUAACGAGGAUUAUACCACCACAAGUUGAGGAUACGAAACAAUGUUUAAAAGCUCGGCACCUCCUCGGAAUCUUAGGAUUCUUUGGGUUCGCAAACGUAUAUGCAAUGAGGGUUAAUCUAUCUGUUGCAAUUGUUGCGAUGGUUAAUCACACUGCUUUUCCAAAUCCACAAGAUAAUGACACAUCCAAUGAUUAUUGCCCAAUUCCUAUGAUGAGAAACGAUUCAACUCCAACUAGAGAUGGGGAAUUCGCUUGGGAUGAAGCUACCCAAGGAAUUGUGUUGGGGUCGUUUUUUUAUGGUUAUGUUAUAACCCAAAUUCCAGGAGGAAGACUUGCCGAAUUAUUCGGAGGGAAAUUAGUUUUUGGAAUUGGUGUUUUAAUGACUGCUUUGUUUACUUUGUUGACUCCGAUUGCUGCUAGGAUUAAUUUUCCUUUGUUUAUUAUCGUUCGGGUUCUCGAGGGAAUGGGGGAGGGGGUUACAUUUCCAUCGAUGCAUGCUAUGUUAGCUCGUUGGAUCCCGCCAUUAGAACGAAGCCGAUUUGCAGCGUACGUUUACGCAGGAGCGAAUUUCGGCACAAUUAUUUCUUUGCCGGUUUCUGGUUGGUUAUGUUCGGUUGAUUUUAUGGGGGGUUGGCCUUUAGUGUUUUACGUUUUUGGUGCAUUGGGGUUUGUUUGGUGCGUUUUGUGGUUGUUGUUAGUGUAUAAUUCGCCAAUGACCCAUCCUCGAAUCGAUCGGCAAGAAAAAGAAUUUAUUUUAGCUAGUAUUGGACCUCAGGAUGAAGAAAAAAGUUCAAUUCCAUGGAUGAAAAUGUUGAAAUGUUUGCCUUUAUGGGCUAUUUUAGUCACACAAUGUGGUCAAUCUUGGGCGUUUUACACCCAAUUAACGGAAAUGCCCACAUAUAUGAGUGAAAUUUUACAUUUUGAUAUACAAUCGACUGCGAAUUUAUCAGCAAUUCCUUAUUUGACGAGUUGGAUCUUUGGCAUAUUUGCGAGUAUAUUCGCCGAUUGGCUCUUAACGAAAGGAUAUCUCUCACUUUCCGUAUCAUAUCGAGUAUUUAACUCGAUAGCUUCAAUCAUUCCUUCGCUUGGUUUAUUGGGUGUUGCUUGGUUGGGAUGUGAUCGAGUUAGCAUCCAGGUAGUUUUAGCAAUUUCGGGUGCUUUCACGGGAGCUGUUUACGCCGGGAAUCAAAUGAAUCACAUCGCUUUAAGUCCUAAAUACGCGGGGACAAUGUAUGGAAUUACAAAUGCCGCUGCAAAUCUUUGCGGGUUCUUAGCUCCGUAUGUUAUCGGAACUAUCAUUCAAGGAAGGGAAACUUUGGGGCAAUGGAACUUGGUUUUCUACUUAGCUGCUGGGAUUUGUAUGGGCACAAACCUAUUUUACGUCGCUUUUGCAAGCGCCAAAGAGCAAUCAUGGUCAAGAUCACGCCGGUUGAGCAACGUUAACUGACAAGCGCUUUAUUUGGCGAUAUUUGUUGAUGCCUAAUUAGAUUAAUUUAUUUUUUUAUCUAAUUUUAACUCGGUUAAAUCAAAUUUUAAACAUAUCAUCAGUAUUAUCGAAAUUUGUUUGAUUAUGCAACCAAACAUAUAAAGUCGGUAAAGUAGCGAUUUGGCGUUUUAUAAAAAAUAUGUUUAAA